AUGAGGCCAGUCUCAGUACCAAUUCUUCUUUCUCUUGUCGCUCUACCGGCCGAGCUCGUCGGUGCUAUUCGUCUGGAUCUGCAUGGCUCGCCAGCCCGUAGUUUCCACAGCAAAAGAGGGUCGAUUACUGGGUCAUCAACUGUAGGCGACGCAUCGAACUUCCAAUACACCGUCGACAUCACGCUCGGAGGGGCGCAGUUCACGGCGCAAAUGGAUACGGGAAGUUCGGAUCUGUGGGUUGCUGGCUCGGUUCCUAAUGCACAGGAUACGGGAAAGACUGUGCAGGUGACAUAUGCAGGAGACACCGUGGAUGGUCCCGUUCAGUUAGCGAAUCUCGAGUUUCUUGGAUAUUCGGUGCCCAAUCAAGCGUACAUUAAUCAGCCUACGUCAGGGUCCUUCCCCCAGGGUACUGGUCGUAUUGGGCUUGGGCCAACUUCUGGAUCUCAGGUACUCUCAGGUGUUGGCAAUUCCUCUGGAGACCCAGCCCUCGAGCGCAUCUUCCAGCAAAACACCUCCACCUCCAACUAUCUCAGUUUUGUCCUGGGGCGUGUAGGAAAUCCUGGUGAGGAUGUGACGGGCCAGUUGACCAUCGGAGAAACGCUGCCAGAGUAUUCCAACGUCACCUCACAACCAAAGUUAGACGUCUCGAUAUUGUCAAGCGACAAUUCACCCAAUCAGCACUGGCAAACACUGCUUGAUGCCAACGGUAUUAUCGGACCUACAGGUCGAUCUGUUAAUGUCGAGACAGCGGUGUCUGGCACAUCUAACAAGAACCAGCUGACAGUAGUCUUUGAUACCGGCUAUUCACUCCCCCAGGUUCCAGCCGCCGUAGCAGAAGCUUUCUAUAGCAGUGUCCCGAACUCGAAGCUGGUCAAUGAGCCGCAAUAUGGAACGAUAUGGCAGAUGCCUUGCGACUACGAGGUUAAUGUAACAUUCAAAUUCGGCGGUUUGGGUUAUCCUGUGAACCCAGUGGACACUGUUAUGGAUCUUAAUGCUACCGAUUCUAGUGGAAACAAGAUUUGCUAUGGAGCUUUCCAACCAAUAAGCUCAAGUGCCCAAUCGUCGACAUACGACAUGAUAUUUGGCACAGCUUUCUUGCGCAAUGUAUACGUCCUCGUCAACUUCGGUGACUACGUGGAUGGCGAUACGAGCAAUCGUGCCGCGCCAUACCUCCAGCUGAUUUCCACCUCCAACGACACUGCGCAAAUCCACCAGGAUUUCGUCUCCUUGCGUGGUGCCGCAGCCUGGACACCAACCUACAACGGCACUCAGAGCAGCAGCAGCAAUAGCAACACCUCGUCCGUCACGUCGUGGGUUAAAUCCCACCUCGGCCUUGUCAUCGGUCUCAGUGCAGGUGUUGGCUUAAUCCUGCUCGGUAUCAUCCUCGCUUGUUGCACGAGGGGGCGGAGACGCCGCGGUAGUGCGCCCAUGGGCUUCAUGUCCGGAGGCCAGAGAUACCAGCCGUUGCAUGACCCUGCGCCGCCACAGGCGUACGACCUGCACCUCAUGAACCAGGGCGGCGCACACGGCUAUGGCAACCCCUGGGAUUCUCACUAUUGA